CUCUCUGUCGCCGUCACUCCGCUGAGCAGAGAGGGAAAGCAGUGGCCACUUUCGUCCCUCGGGGCAAAAUCCCAGUUCAAAAUUCCCUCGGCAGGACAAACCCUCGCGGAGAGGGAUCGGACCGCCGGAGAUGGAGGCGGCGCGGGACUCGAUGGCGGCCCUCCUCGACGCCGGCCUCUUCGACUCCGCCCAGACACUCGGCUGCUUUCUCGUUUCUUCGGGCGGCGCAAGUAAUGAGGCCAGCGUAUCCGCCAAGGCGGAAAGCUUGGUCCUGCAUGGUGAUGCGUUGUACGGGGAGAAGGAAUUUCGGAGGGCGCUGGGUGCCUACAAGCAAGCUAUGCAGUGUAGCAAAAGUAUCCCUAAACAAGCAGCAAGUUCCACCAGAAUCUCAGUUUCCACUACAGGCCGCUCACCUUCUCCAAAUUCUUCAAAUGCAACGCCCUUCAAUGAGAAUGAGGUGAAGUCUAAAAUAGCUCUUUGCCAUUCUGCUCUACAUGAGUAUCGUGAAGCACUACAAGAGAUGGAAGGGAUUCCUUCUAAAGUGAGAAGUCUAAAAAUGAAUCUGAUGUUAGGCAAGCUGUAUAGGAUUUCCAGAAAUAACCGUGCUUCGGCCAUAUGUUAUAAAGAGUGUUUGAGGCAAUGCCCUUAUGUAUUUGAGGCUAUUGCAGCUUUGGCUGAAAUGGGGCUUUCUUCAAAGGAGUUUUCUUUGUUGUUUCUUCAAGCACCAAAUAGAGGAGGCAAGCCACCAGGUGAUUUUGUAGAUGCACAACGUUGGUGGAAUAGGUAUGUAGAGGCGCAGUGUUGCAUUGCUUCACAUGAUUAUAAAGGUGGCCUUGAUAUAUACGUGGAACUAUUGCAACGAUUCCCUAAUAAUGUGCACAUCUUGCUGGAAAUUGCAAAGGUUGAAACCAUCAUAGGCAAGAAUGAUGAAGCAAUCAUGAAUUUUGAGAAGGCUCGGUUAAUUGAUCCAAACAUUAUGACAUAUAUGGAUGAGUAUGCAAUUCUCCUAAAAUUUAAAUCGGACUACACUAGGCUAAACAAGUUGGUACAUGAUAUGCUGCAUAUUGAUCCUGCAAGACCAGAAACAUGUGUUGCUCUGGCAGCAUUUUGGGAAAGAAAAGAGGAAAGAAAAGCUUUGACAUAUGCUGAAAAGAGCCUCCGAGUUGAUGAUAGGCAUAUAACUGGCUAUAUUAUGAAGGGCAAUUUGCAUCUUUCAUCAAAUCGGCCAGAUCUGGCAGUAACAGACUUCAGGGCAGCUCAGGAGCUAAGGGCGGAUCUUCGCUCAUAUCAAGGUUUGGUGCGUGCUUAUCUAGCACUUUCUAAAUGUAAAGAUGCCUUAUUCACUGCACGUGAAGCAAUGAAGGUUAUGCAUCAGUCUGCGAAAGCCCUUAAGUUAGUUGGUGAUGUGCAUGCUAUAAGUUCCAGUGGAAGAGAGAAGGCAAGAAAGUUCUAUGAAUCUGCCAUUCGUCUCGAACCUGGAUUUCUUGGAGCAGCAUUGGCACUGGCUGAUUUGCAUAUUGCUGAAGGACGGAAUAAGGAAGCAGUUUUGUUGCUUGAAAGAUAUCUAAGGCAAUGGGCAGAUGAUUCUCUACAUAUCAAGUUGGCUCAAGUAUUCGCGGCGACAAAUCUGCUCUCUGAUGCACUCUCCCACUAUCAAGCUGCACUAAGGAUAAACCCGUACAAUGAAGCUGCCAAGAAAGGAUUGGAGCGGUUGGAGAAGCAAAUGAAGGGAAUAGACCCGGAUGCGCCCGAAGACGAGGACGAGAACGAAGCCGAGGAUGAUGGUGACCAGGAUGACGCCGAGCUGCUGUAGGGACCAUGGGUUCAAAACAACGUCACAUAUCUGAACACCAAAUGUACAGCGAAUGCCGAAGCUGUAAUGUGACAACGCUGAUGGAAGGCAGCACGCUGGGCUCUAUGGGGUGCGGAUGGAGGUUUGAAGGGUGGAUUGCGCGGCGCAACGCCGUGUGCCGAUGUAGUGUGUGGGUCUCAGGAUGUUUGUGCAAUGUACUCUAUGAAAACUGGCUAGGAUAGGAUGUGAUCUGGUGUACUCUAGGAAAACUGGCUAGGAUAGGAGGUGACCUGGUGUUGUUCUGCAAACCCUGUUCGUCAUGGAACGGAAUAUUGUGAGCUCCGUGAGUGCUUGCUAACAAGAUAACACCUUGUGCUUAUGA